ACUCUUUAAACCAUACUCCCCCACUCCCACACCAUCACUUCAUUUUCAUUUGCAUUUUCAUCUGCAAUCCCCUUGCCUCUUCGUUUUCAUUUGAUCUUUUCCCCAUAUCCCAUAGUGCUGAAAUUGAGGCUUUGAUACAUAAUCAUAUAGAAAGAGGUUGAGAAAACAAUGCAUAGGUGCAGUAGCUCUCAGGGAAACAUGAUGGGUCCAUGUUCAUGUGGCCUGUUUCAAUGCCAAAGCAACUGUUCCUGGCUAAUUUCCAUGCCCGACCACAGAUCUUGCGAUGAAAAAACCGUCUACCCUUUCAUGUCUUCAUCUUCAGUCGAUUGCACUCUCUCGUUGGGGACUCCAUCGACUCGUCUCUCCGAAGACGAUGACAACAAGCACAUCCUCCGCCAUGAACGUACCUCUGGUAAUCCUUGCAUGUCUAGCUAUUGCUGGGACUUGUUCCAGAGAAAGAAUGCACCAGCUUAUUCACACCAAACCACCAAAGCUAGCCGUGGAAGCAAUGGGAAUAGCAGUAACAGCUCCGGAAAUGAUCCGCUCUUAGCUCGCCGCUGUGCCAACUGCGACACCACUUCUACACCACUUUGGAGGAACGGGCCAAGAGGUCCAAAGUCACUGUGCAAUGCCUGUGGAAUCCGAUUCAAGAAAGAAGAAAGAAGAGCGAGCGCAGCAAAUGCAAACAACAACUCAUCAAUGGUGGAUCAGCAACAUAAUGGCUAUUAUCACCACAACAGUUCAUGGGUUCAUCAGAACCAGAAAAUGCCAUGUUUCUCCCCUCUUAACGAAUUCAGGUUCAUUGAAGAUAGUGAUCGAGAUUUGCUUUCUUGGAGACUGAACGUCACAGAUAGGCCAACAAGCCUUGUCCAUGACUUUACAAGAUAAAAGGAAAAAAAAAACAAUGAAUAAAGAAGAAAAAAGAAACCUCUCUUCCCAUUGACGGUCAAUAUCAUGCAAUGAAACGUAUCACGAUGAUGGCGACGCUUACAUGGUCUUCAUCCUCGUUUGGUCUAGUCAAUUAUUUUUAUUUUAUUUGCUUUCUUUUGUUUGUCUACUU